AUGCAUGCAUCUGACGGUGGAACAAGACGGUUUUAUUUUGGGCUAAUUAUGAGAAGAACGCUCAGUGGCCGCCGUCAAGUUGAAUAUAUCACUCAGUUCACAACGGCUCUCGAGCAGAGACAAGGGGCUCUAUUUUUAACAGAUUAUGCACGAGACGCGCUGACGAAGCGUGCUGAAGAUUCGCUGGUCACAAUGCCUAAGGUGAAGUCCGCCAACCUGCACUUGGGUGGUGGGCUAUGGCUUGAUAACCCUCAUAUUGAAGGUAGGCCCGUGCCCAGUAGUGGGACGUUAAAAAAGGGCUACUACCCAAAC